AUGACAGAUUUAUCAUUUACAGUUACACUGGAAUCAGAAAAUAUCUAUAUUGAUCAUGAUUCAUUAUUUUAUAGCGACAAGCAAACAUAUUUAAUACGCUAUUUUGGAAAAAAAGAUAAAUUUAAUAUAAGUUUUCCAUGCACAAUAUGUCCAUAUGCCUUUGACAUACAUAAUUAUUAUGUUAAUGAAUUGAUUUUUGAUGCUGAAGUAGCAAAUUUCAUUCAUAGCCAACCAAAUAUUUUCAAUACAAUAAUUAUCAAAUCAAAAAUUUUUAUAGAGGGAUCAAACCCCAUCAAAACAUCAAGGCUCUAUCUUUAUUCUGAUGGGAAGGAAGUUUAUUUUGACACGGAACAUCUUUAUCUUUUCCACCCCGAAAUAAAUCUUGAUGGACUUAAUCCACAAUUAUUUUUGGCAAAAAAUGUCACAUUUUACAGUGAGAAUAUUACUGGAGAUUUGAGCGAAUGGAGAAAAUUAGAAAAUAUUACAUUUGUAAAUUCAGGAAAUUUAUGUUUAUCUGAUUCUUUGUUGCCGACAUCAAGAACACUAAAUAUACAUUUUCUCAAUACAAUUAAUAUCAAAACUUUUGAAGAUACACCUCUUUUUUCACUCAUAGAUUACCAAAUAAAUUAUACAUUCCCAACAAACUAUAACUUUAUUCCUUCGAAUUUCUUUAGUUGUGCAAAUUUAGGAAAAGAAUAUAAAAUUAAAGAAGAUGUGAUUGAUAUCGGUACAAAUGCUUUUGAAGGUUGUAUAACAAUUGAAAAAAUUAUUCUUCCACCAGAAGUUCAUUCAUUAAAGAGGUGUACAUUUAGAAAUUGCAGGAAUCUUAAAGAAAUCGAUUUGAGUAAUAUAGAAAGUAUAGGUCAUUCUUGUUUUAGUGGUUGCAAAUCAUUGAAAAAGAUUAAUAUUUCUAAUGUAAAUAAUUUAGGAUCAAAUGCAUUCUCUAAAUUCACAGAUUUAAAGGAAGUCAUUUUGUCAAAUAAAUUGAGGUAUAUACCUGAAAAUUUGUUUUCUCAUUGCUAUAAUUUGACUGUAAUUAACAUUCAUGAUAACGUUUCUGAACUAGGAAAGAAUUGUUUUGAUCAAACUUCUAUUGAAGUACUUCGAAUACCAAAUUCUGUGGAAAGAAUUGGUUCAUUAGGAGAAAUGAAAUCUCUCAAGAAAUUAUAUAUUGAACAAAACUCUAGACUUUCAAAGAUUAUUUAUACUUUAUUUGGAUCAAUUCAUUGUUAUGGAACUAAGAUAAAUUUACCAAAUCUAGAAAAUAUCGAUUUGACAAGCAACGGAAAUUUUAAUAUUAAAAACGACUGCUUGUAUGAUAAGGAUUAUUCAACAUUAAUUGUUUCUCUUCCAAGAAAAAAUUCAGCGAGAGUUUAUAUCAUGAAUAGAACAAAAACAAUACAAACACUUGCUUUCUUCAAUAAUCCAAAUAUAAAGUCGAUUAUUUCCAUUGAUAAUAUGAAUUUGGAAAUAUCUACAGGUGCUUUUUAUAAUUUGACAAAUCUAAGAACAAUUGUUUUCAGAAAUGAAACAUUGCUUAGCAAUAACUCUUUUAUCGGAUGCAUGCGUCUUUCAAAACUAAAAACUAAUGAUUGCCAGCAAGAGUUUAUUGACAAAUUUAAAUAUUCAGGGAUACAAACUGACAUACUUAAUUCGACAGAUUUUUGUCAAAUAUUGCCAGAACCAUCUGACAAUGAAAACAUCCGGUUCAUUAUAAAGGAAACAUUAAAAUAUAGAAGAAGAUAA